AUUGAACACCCUAGCUAGUAGUUUUGGCAGCUUCACAUGCGGCUGGACAGCUGCCGACGUAUCACUGGGGAUCCGGCCGAUAGUUAACUAGAAUAUCCGACGCCCUAAAUUACAGAAAAGUCUCCUCGUACUCCUUUUGAGAAACUCCGAGUCUCCGACCAUUUUCUUGCUUUCCCAGUAGUGUCGAUGCGAUGUCUUUCGCACGGAUUGGUAAUUCCCUGCCAUUCUCCAGGCUCUUCAGGCAGCUGGAACAAGACAUGGAGACUGUAGUAAAGGUACUGCAACCAGGGCCUUUGGGUAUCAUAGAACACAAGUUCUCUGCUGAAGAAGUAUACAAUGCAAAGGCAACAGUUGAUGGAGCUGUUGAUAAUUGGAGGAGGAAUGCAAUCCUAGAGAAGAGGAGCCACAUCUUGGAAGAUUAUAUUCGUAUAUGACAAAUAAUUAUUAGUUCUUUUUUUUUUCUGGAAUUACUCAAUAAAAGUUGUUCAUGUAAAAAAUAUAACAUCUUUGUUUCCUUAAGAAAAGUUUGGGAUGUCAAGAAAAAAAUCAAUCCCCACCCUGAA